UAUCUGGAUGAAUUCAGUAAAUCAUUAGCUGCUGAGGUGCGUAUGCUCCUAGGUGAAGUCGGGAAACUUCGUGAAGAAAAGCGAGCUCUUCAACAUGAGAUGGGGUGGCUGUUAUGCAUGCGUAGCAAGUACGGUCCCGGUGGAGAGUUCGACCCCGAUUGGAAACCCACCGGCGGCCCUCUGGCAGCCCAAGCCGAACCGGCACCCCCUCCUGAGGUACCUCCUCCCAUGCCCAUGGAACCCCCUCGUACGGCCUGGCGUAACGUGACUGCGAGAACCUCCCGUGGAAGACGCCGCAGAGCCGAGUCGAACCCACCUCCGGAGGCAGUUCCGACGAUGGACCCGCGCUACCACCAAGCUGGAGGCUCUUGGGCUACAUGGCAGCGUAUGUCAUCUCCCGUGUUUAAGUGA